AUGGACAAAAUUGAAGAAAAAAUUAUUGCCCGUGACAAAUCGGCGUCAGACGGUCUGACCGUCGACGACGGAAAGUCAGCAAAAGUGUCAAAAACAAAACCUCGGGUUCGUGUCCAAGGCUCGGUGGUCGUCGUGGCUGUGGUAGCCCCGGCUUGCGUUAUGCCACCGGGAAAAACGGCCGAUCGUCGGUGGUCGUUGAGGGAAUAA